AUGUAUAAAAUUUUAUCCAGUUUAACAAUAACAUGGUGUUUGUUGCAUUUUUGCGAGCCAUAUAAGUUGUUAAUAGUGUUUCCUAUUCCCGGAAAAAGUCAUUCGAUUCUUGGGAAUGCUUUUGUGAAUCACCUUUUGAAUUCGGGACAUCAGGUUUCAUAUAUAACACCGAUUCCCAUGACACCACGCCCAGGACUGCGGCAAAUCAAUGUUGAAUCUAACUUCAAUUAUUUCGUUUCGGACGAAGAACUCAACAUUCAGAAGUUAAUGACGAAAGAAAUAGAUAUGAAAGACAUGACAACGCUGUUUACAUUGAUGUUCAAAAUAUCCAAUGCAACAGUUCUCCAUGAAAAUGUACAAAUGUUGCUUCACGAUAACUCAGAAAAGUUUGACGCUGUAAUCGCUGAGUGGAUGUAUAGUGAACUGUAUUCAGGUUUCUCUGCCGUCUUCAACUGCCCGUUGAUAUGGUUCCUAUCAGUAAGCCCCCACAGCAUGGCAUUAUCAUUGAUAGAUGACAUCAGUAACCCUGCGUUUACUGCCGACCACGUUCGAUCAAAUUCUAUACCACCAUUCACGUUCUUAGAGCGGGUCAACGAAUUAGCAACUCUGAUACGCUGGAAAUUUAACCGAUGGUGGGUGAAAAGUCGAGACUGCAAAUCUUAUAACCAAGCGUUUGAAUCUGCCAUUUUGAAACGAAAUCUAGUAUACUUGCCUCUUGAUGAAGCCAAAUAUAACGGUUCACUAAUGUUUGUAAACUCACACGUUUCAACUUCAGACGCAAUCACCAUUCCUCGAAAUGUAAUUGAAAUUGGUGGAUAUCACAUAAACAAUACUGUCGAACCCCUGCCAGAGGAUUUAAGAAUGAUAAUGGACCAGUCAAAACAUGGAGUAAUUUUAUUUAGCAUGGGUUCUAUGCUGAAAAGUACUAAAUUACCGGAUAAAAUAAAGAAAGAAAUUAUAAAGUUCAUCAAUGUUAAUAGAGCCGUCGCUAAGGGCUUCGCUAAGAGAGUGGAUCUUAAUGAUAAUACCCCUGUUAACUUGAAGAUCGCUAUUGAUGAAAUCAUCAGUAGUCCUAAGUAUAGAGAGCGCAUCGGAGAACUUUCUUUUAUAUAUCACGACCGUGCCUUAUCACCGGAAGCAGAGAUAGUGCGUUGGAUCCACCAUGUGGUAAGAACUGGUGGUGCAACGCAUCUGCGCUCACCAGCAAUUCUCAUGCACUGCAAAAGACCGCAGAUGCGUCGCCCCUGCGGUACGCGCGACAUACUCGACCCAAUAUACGAAUUCCGCUCCAGGUGG